AAAGAAGCCUCUUUUUUUUCAACUGUAGCGCUAAUGCAAUUGUGCAUGAAAAAGUGUGAUAUCGAAAAGUGAACGCAGCGCGUAAAACGCGGGAAUAACUCGGUGCGAGGACGAGCGGUGAGGACAGCAAGGCGGAAACACGCGCGCACACAAAAAAGAGAAAGAAGAGCGGGGCGUAUUUUGGCGUUCACUUGAUAUUUAAAUAGAAGUGGGUGGGCCUUCAGGCGAAAGGCAGGAGCGUUAACUUGGAUUUGGACGCGUUUCGUCGGAGAGCCGGAAAGAAAAAAAAAGCGCAAAAAAAACCCAAAAAACAAAAAGUCACAGGCCGGGCUCGAAGAGCAAAAGAAAGAAGCCAUGGCCACGGACGGGGGGAAAUCGGGUGGAGGGGAAAGGACCACUAAAGGAAAAACGCAUGGAUCUCAGGACGCGCAGCCGUCGCCUCUCGCCCUUCUUGCAGCCACAUGCAGUAAAAUAGGAGGCGUGGGAGGGGAAGGCCAGGCCGGCGCCCAGCAGCAGAUCAUCAUAGACCCCAGCCAGGGUUUGGUGCAGCUCCAGAACCCUCCUCAGCAGCUGGAGCUUCUGCCCGCUCAGUUCACAGGAAACGGCUGGCAGAUAAUCGCGGCCUCACCCGCGCCUGCAGCCGCUGCCACCACUGCAGUGGCCAAGGACGGCGUGCAGGCCACCAGCGUGGCCACCGUGGCGACCACCGCUAACGUGGUGGCUGUGGACAGCACACAGGGCCGGAAGAUAAAAUCGGUUGCCGCCAACAAUGCAUCUGUGGGACAGCAGCAACAGUUUCAGAUUAUCCAGGUGCAGAACAUGCCCAAUUCAACAGGAGGGAUCCAGUAUCAGGUUAUCCCACACAUCCAGACCGCUGAUGGUCAGCAGAUCCAGAUAAACCCCAGCAACCCUACGGCCUUAAGCGUCCAGCCUGAGCAGAUUCAGCUCAUUCCCGCUGGGAACAACCAAGCCAUCCUGGCCUCCCCUCCGAGGGCGGCCUCCGCCAGCAUUGUGGCCCAGAACGUGACCGGUCAGGCCAUCCCGCUUCAGAUCCGCCCCUCCUUUCCGCUCCAGGUGCAGACCAUCCAGGGCGCGCAAGCCCCUGUGGUCACUACGUUACCCAUAAACAUUGGCGGUGUGACCCUGGCUUUGCCCGUCAUCAACAAUGUGGCUGCAGGCGGAGGAUCUGUCCAGCUGGUCCAGACCAGUGAUGCAAACGGAAACCAGUUGAUAGCCACCCCUGUCACAAGCACAGUCGGUGGAGCUGAGACUACAGUCGUGGCCACUAGCACGACCAUGGCUGGCGGUGCAGAUUCUGUUGCCACGUCAACUGCUGAUGCUACGGCGACUGCAGCAUCGGAAUCAGGCGCUGAGUGUCAGAAAGAUGGUCAGAGUGCAGACGGCCAGGGCACGGCCCAGUCCAACGGGCUUCAGCAGGCGCAAGAGCAGCCGGCUCAGGUGCAGCAGUUCCAGAUCGUUGGCCCCCCAGUGUUGCAGCACAUCCAGAUCCAGCAGCCGCAGCAGCAACAACAGCAGCAGCAGCAGCUGGUCCAGGGCUCCAUUCAGCUGCAGCCUGGUCAGACCCUGCAGCCAGUCCAGCAGAACAUCCAGCUUCAGGCCUUUCAGAACCCUGCACAGGUGCUGAUCCGGGCACCCACGCUCACACCUACGGGCCAGAUCAGCUGGCAGACAGUGCAGGUGCAGAACGCCGGCAUGCCCCAACAGCUCACGCUCACACCUGUGGCCUCCAAUGCCGGCGGGAUCACACAGAUCGCUCCGCUCGCCAUCGGAGGUACUCCCAUUACCCUGAAUGCCGCCCAGCUGACCUCUGGGACGGGCAUGCAGACCGUGAAUUUAGCAAGCCUGGGCACCGCUGGGGUACAGGGAGUGCAGGUGCAGGGAGUGCCUCUCACCAUCACAGGGGUGCAAAGUCAGCAGCAGGGUCAGGCAGGAGUCAAGGUUCAGCCUGCCCCAGUGACAGUCACCGUCGGGAACAUAGCCAAUGCAGCGCUGAAUGCAGUGAGCCCAGAGCAAAUGGGCCAAGCCCAGAGCCCCUCGGAGCAGGAGGGUCAGCCAAGCAAGAGACUCCGCAGGGUGGCCUGUUCGUGUCCCAACUGCAGGGACGGAGAGGGCAGAAACAGUGACCCAUCGAAAAAGAAGCAGCACGUGUGCCACAUGGCAGGCUGUGGUAAAGUGUACGGCAAGACGUCUCACCUGAGGGCGCACUUGCGCUGGCACACGGGAGAGAGACCCUUCGUCUGCAACUGGAUCUUCUGCGGCAAACGCUUCACCAGGAGCGACGAGUUACAGCGGCACCGCAGGACACAUACAGGUGAAAAGAGGUUCGAGUGUCCAGAAUGUUCCAAAAGAUUCAUGAGGAGCGACCACCUGUCAAAGCACAUCAAAACCCACCAGAACAAAAAAGGAGGCACAGCACUGGCCAUUCUCACCACCGAGGACAUGGAGGAUGAGGUGGAGGAAGGCCUGGGCUCGCCCAGAAUCGUCACGGUGGCCCCACUGUCCCAGGAUUCCAACCCGGCCACGCCCACAACAUCUAACAAUCUAGAGGAAGAGUUCGAGUAGCUCGGCCUACUGCUCCUCCGCUGAAAGCACCAUGUUUUAUGUUAGUUUUUAGUUGUACGUUUCUUUCGUUUGUUCUUUUUUUUUUUCUAAUGAAAAUGGACAGCUGUUUGAGUGCACCUGAUUUUUCAUAUGAAAAUGUAAAACUAUGGAAUAUUAUAAUACAAAAGAGUAAUCUAAAGAGUAUGGAGAGUUACCAUUGAUUUUAAGAGACAUACAAUGAUUACUGGUAAUAAUGAGACGGAGUAUGUCCUAUUUACAGUAGCACAAGGAGGGAUCUGUUUGCUCCCAGUACGAAAAAUCCACUAUAAAGAGAAUCUGUUUCUAUGCACAAAACUGUAUAUCUUUUUGUCAAAUUGAUUAUUGGUCGAUUAUACAACCUGUUUGGCUUACUAGGACUGGGGAGGAGGUGUAAUCUAGUUUAUUGUAAGGUUAGAUGAGCCUUGUGCCCUAUAACUGAGGUCAGUGGUGAUUUGUGGCUUUGAAUGCGGCCAAACGCAGACUGUUUGUGUGAACCUGAGUCGCUUGACACCUAAACUUACUGUAGGAUCCUUCUUGUUUCAUGCUGACUCGAUUUAACCAUCAUCACAUGAGGAGAGCCAACAGGACAUAUUUCACAGAGCAGGAUUUCUGAUAGUUGAGGUAGUUGACUUGAGUCAAAAGUAAGGAUUGACCAGUACCACUGUCACUUAGCUCUCCUGCUAAUAGAUAAGCUUGACUUUGCACUUGCGUUUUUCAGCCUAAUCUCCAUCUGCUGUGUCUGUAGCGCAUGGUCAGUUAUCACAGAUGCUAAUUUCUCUGUAUUUAGAAAGGAAACCCAAAACUGUUCACUUUUUUUUUUUAAAUCUGAUCUUUUUGGUUAUCUAGCUAACAGAGAAGCUAACAGACUUGCUAAUGCUUUAUUUAGCUAUUUGGCGAAAUGACUGGCUUCUGCUUUGUUUAGCUGUCUGGCUAACUGGCUACUGCUUUAUUUAGCUAUCUGACUAACUGACUGGCUUACUGACCGGCUAAAAUGACUGGCUACUGCUUUUUUUAGCUAUCUGGCUAACUAGCUGACAGGCUAACUGACUGGCUACUGCUUUGUUUAGCUAUCUGGCUAACUAACUGACUGGCUACUGCUUUGUUUAGCUAUCUGGCUAACUAACUGACUGGCUACUGCUUUAUUUAGUUAUCUGGCUAACUAACUGACAGGCUAACUGACUGGCUACUGCUUUAUUUAGCUAUCUGGCUAACUGACUGGCUUACUGACCGGCUAAAAUGACUGGCUACUGCUUUGUUUAGCUAUCUGGCUAACUAACUGAUAGGUUAACUGACUGGCUACUGCUUUGUUUGGCUAUCUGGCUAACUACCUGACAGGCUAACUGACUGGCUACUGCUUUAUUUAGUUAUCUAGCUAACUGAUAAGCGACCUGAUUGGCUACUGUUUUUUUUUAAGUUAUCUAGGUAAUGGAUACCAUUAUAUUCCUGUGUCUAGUUAACUGAGAAGCUAACUGAUUGGGUACUGCUUCAUCCACUUAUCUAACUAGCUAACUGCAAAGCUAACUGAUUGGGUAUUGCUUUGUUUAGCUAUCUGGCUAACUGACUGGCUAAUGCUUUGUUUAGCUAUUUGGCUAACUGACUAGCUACUGCUUUGUUUAGCUAUCUGGCUAACUGACUGGCUACUGCUUUGUUUAGCUAUCUGGCUAACUGACUGGCUACUGCUUUGUUUAGCUACCUGGCUAACUGGCUGGCUAUUGCUUUGUUUAGCUAUCUGGCUAACUGACCGACUACUGCUUUUUUUUAGCUAUCUGGCUAACUAACUGACAGGCUAACUGACUGGCUACUACUUUAUUUAGCUAUCUGGCUAACUGACUGGCUACUGCUCUAUUUAGCUACCUGGUUAACUGACUGACUACUGCUUUGUUUAGCUAUCUGGCUAACUGGCUACUGCUUUGUUUAACUAUCUGGCUAACUGGCUACUGCUUUGUUUAGCUAACUGACUGGCUACUGCUUUGUUUAGCUAUCUGGCUAACUGACUGGCUACUGCUUUGUUUAGCUAUCUGGCUGACUGGCUACUGCUUUAUUUAGCUAUCUGGCUAACUAACUGACAGGCUAACUGACUGGCUACUGCUUUGUUUAGCUAUCUGGCUAACUAACUGACUGGCUACUGCUUUGUUUAGCUAUCUGGCUAACUAACUGACAGGCUAACUGACUGGCUACUGCUUUGUUUAGCUAUCUGGCUAACUAACUGACAGGCUAACUGACUGGCUACUGCUUUGUUUAGCUAUCUUGUUAACUGACUGGCUACUGCUUCGUUUAGCUAUCUGGCUAACUGACUGGCUACUGCUUUAUUUAGCUACCUGGCUAACUGACUGGCUACUGUUUUAUUCGGUUAUCUAGGUAAUGUAUGUUAAUUGGCUACCAUUAUAUUCCCGUGUUUAGUUAACUGAGAAGCAAAUUGAUUGGCUACUAUUUUAAUCUGUUAUCUCGCUAACUGAGAAAUCCUGCUUUUGUGAAAUAUCCUCCCAGGACUGUUCAGUGUCACAUUCUUAGAUGUUACAUAUUUAUGCAGGUAUUGAGCUGUCAAAUCGACCUAUGAAUAAAGGAGCCAGAGGCGAUAAAGAAAGACACACUGAAAGGGUCACUUAAAAAGCACAUAUGAAAUUUAAAGAUGUAUAAAACGAUGCAUUCCUGUGUAGAAGAGGUUGAUGUUUAAAAUAAGGAGAAAAAAGGAGGGGGGGGGACAAUCUAGCUUUCUAUGACUUGCUAUGUUAAAUGAAAGCAAUACUAUAAUGACAAUCCUUGCAAAACCAUGUUUACAUUAGAAAAGGGGCCGAAUAGAUUUCUUUGAGAAAUGAAAAACAGCCAGAAAAAAAAGCUCUUUGGUGUCUCUAAGUCAUAUGAACUGUACUACAAUGCCUUAACACAGACUGCAGUACCAUUCUAAAAUGAGCGAAUGGUUUCAGUGGGUGAGGAGGGGACUUUACCAGACUAGGAGUCGUGUACAGUCGCGCACAGUUGACCAUGUGUUUCUUUUAUACGAUAGCCAACACUGUGGCCAGUUACAAGCAAUGCAGCUGGGUGCAUUGUUUUAAUUUCCAUUGGAGCAAAGAUUGAGUAUCAACCUUCUUGACAUCAGCGCUUUUUUUUCUCUCCUAAUUCCACAACUCUGUGAUCUCACAUUAGUAGUGGGGGUCCCAAAGCUUGCCAGCAUCACCCCCCCCCCCCCUUCCCCCUGCCUGCCUCUUCACCAACCACAAAAAAAGGACUUUCCAUCACCCACUUUCCAUAAUCAGCCCUCUGCCCCGUCCUGUGCCCCCCACACCGCUGCACUUCUAUAAAACCGGGGCCACUUGCUUCUGCUUCUUUUGCUUUGGAGGGGUUCAGUCCCACAUUAGCUCAGUUUGGUGUUCUGAGAUGUCUGGUGGCGUUUUUAUUCGUGGAAAUUUUGUCAGUUUCUUUCUUUCUUUUUUUUUUUUAUGUUAUUUUUUUUCUCCCUACCCCUUUCUUUUAACACAAACUGUGUAUAUCGCUAAUUUAUUAUUUAUCCUUAUUUCAAUAUUUGCCUUUGCAGAUCGCUGAUGUGUAUCGUACGCUGUUGAGUCAGAUUAUGUGCAGCAUGUUUUUCUUUCUGCUCUAGUAAUAAUUUUUUAUUUCUACUCGUGGUCCUUUUAUAACCAUAGCUUUUUAAUUUAAAUGAAUUAUUUUUUCCUCACACCAUAACAUGUUUCAGAAAAAAAGAAGAAAAAAAUAUGUGGAAAAAAAGUUCAAAAUGAAUGAUUGAUACCAAACAAUUUAGAUGUUUUUUGGUAAUAUUUUGUGUGAUGACUUUUUUUUUUUCUUCGAUAUUUUCUAGUGACAUCUCAUUUGUAAAUCUUUUUCUAAGAUGUUUGUUUGUCCUCAUGACAUUUGAUAAUGUUUUUUUUUUUGCCAGGUUAGCCUGAAAGGCUGCAGUUUAUUGAUAUUUUUAAAAUAACUUUGUACAAAUGUGUUAUGUUAAUGGGUAAAAAAACAAAAAAAACAUCUAAAAAAAAAAUCUUUGCCUGCAUAACACUGGAAAUUAAAAGUGAAUAAAUCUGUCUUAAAUAUA